GAAGUGUGUAAAGUAAGGCAAAAUUUUUGAAUCCCCCAAAAAUAUUCUGAUCCCUCUUUCCCAAAAUUUGGGCGCUGGAAUUUCCCAAAAAGCAUUUGGCAUCCCCCUCUUUUCAACCCUAUCUCAUUCAAUUAAUUUUAGCCACACCAUAUUUUUCAGAUGAGUCUAGCCUUGCUGAAUUUCCAUUCCCCCCCCCCCGCUCACCGUACACAUAUAUUUUUCCAGCAAAAUAUUUGGGCAUCUAACUCGGCGUUGGUUCGGAAUCGAGGUGUGUUGUUCUUAUUAUAUGUUUCUUAGAUUUGUUUGGAAUCAAUCCAUAAGUAUUUGUUUCGUAGAUUUGGAAUCAAGGUGUGAUGUUAUUCAAUUUGAAUAAAAUUUUAUCAUUUCUGCUGAUAAAAUUCGUGCUGUACUUAUUCUUUAUAAUUUGUUGCUGUCAACUUUUCCAAGAUGCUUGAAUAAGACCCAAAUGUUUUGUUGAAUCUAAAUAAAUUUUAUUUAACUAUUUUCCAUUUCAUUGAAAACAUCAUAUUGUAUGGGUUUUAUGAAUAGCACUUGAGGAAAGUGAGUUCACCACAUUCUAAACCACUUAGCAAGGACUCAAUGAAAUCUUUAUGCUUUUGAGAUGACGACAACGAAAUGGACCCGACUUUAUGCAAUUGAGUUUAUUAGAAUAAUUAAAUGCAGAGUUUUGUUACUUAUUGGAAGAGAUUUGUUUUUUAAAUUUUGUUCAAACAAUUAUUAUUAUUAUUAUUAUAUAUUUUAGGUAUUUUAGUUUUUAUGCAUUUUAUGAUUCGAAUGUAUCUUCUUUCUUUUGUAUGGAAUGUACUUGACUAGUAUUGCUUGGGCUUGGUCUUAGUCAUGGAUUUCUUUGAGUUGGUCUUGCGAAUUUGUUGGGAAAUACACUGGAAUGGAUUUUGUGCAUCAUGAGAUUGUUACUGCAUUCUAUGGUUUAAUUUAUGGCUGAAUUUGGUGUCUCCUUCAUGCUACUUGGUGUUUGUCUCGCCACCUUUUUGGAUCACUACAUCACUAGCCUACUAUUCUUGUGGGUUGUUGUCUUGAACUUUAAUUUGUUUCUAACUUAUGCGUUACUAUUUUUGAGUUGUAAUUAUUUAUUGAUGUAAUUAUUUGAAGUAGUCUAGGAUUGAAACCGUCUACUACGCACGUAACCAUAAUUAUGGUUAAGCAUUUGACAUUGAAGUAUUUGUUUGAUUUCGGUAAUAAUAAUUUACAUGUUACACGAGGGCAUCAAUGAAUGAAGGCUCAGCACUCGGGCCAUGGCCCUUUGGCAUGCCAGCGGAUAACCUUAACAUCUAUAUAUAUUACUGCUUGUUUUGUCCCUCUUUUUUUAGCCCUGCACCCAACAGAUUGAGGAAGCAUCUCUAGAAAAGAAGUCCAAGAUGUCAACUCGAAGAACAAGACCCCCUCUAGUGCAAGGUCUUGUUUCAGAGGUUGUUACUGCCCAUUAUGUUUUUUGUGCAUCAUGAGAUCCAUGUACAAAAAAUGUAUGAAGAGAUGAAUCUAUUGUGGAUGGUAAUGGUGAUGCUGCUAUGCCAAAACCAGUAGUGCGGGAAAGACUAAGAGGGGUGAUGAUGUUGUUCCCUCUUCCACAAAGCUAAAGGGUCAAGCUUAAGUCUAUGGGGAGAGUAAAACCAUGGCUAAAAACCAAUCUUUGUGUAAUUGGCACUCUUACCUUCAAGAUUUGGUCUUUUUACGUGGUAGUUAGUAAUCUACUAUUUUCUUCCUUGCACUCCAUAUUGUUUGAUGAUAUUUAUAGUGGUGGCAUAGCAUAUGCAAUGGUUUGGCCUUUGGAGGCUAAUUGAGAGGUCAAAGAAAGCGCUCCCGCACCGGCAAGAACGUGGCUUCCUCCUCGGUUCCUCCACCGCCAAUGCACAAGUACCUCGACGGGUCGUUCCUUUGGUUCAACGACCGCGCUGAGGCGACGCGAUUCUUGGAGAAGUUUGAGCACCGGGAAAUUCUCCCUCCCCGGUUCUCCACUGGCCGCUUCAUUCACAGCUCAAUUCCACGGGAGGCACGGGUCAUCCUCCAAGAAGGAAACUUCCUCGACCUCCUCUACAUCAAGAAGCACCAUUAUCAACCUUUUCUUGUUCGAGCUUUCUACUCGAACUUGAAAAAGGAUGAGGACGGAGCAUUGAUUUCAAACGUCAACGGGGUGGAGAUCUACUUGAAUGAGGAAAACAUUCAAAUUCUCAACGGGCUUCGUCGGAAUGGAGGGGAUCUCGGCCUCUAUGUCGGAGAAGAAGGUGCGCGGUUCAACGAGACCGCCCUCUUGGAAGAAGUGGGUAUCCGAAACUUCGUCCCCACUCCCAAACAGCGGCGCCCUACGAUUACUUCCAUUUUUUAUGUUUUGACACAGAUUCUCAAGCCUAGGAAGUUCAAUCACACCACUCUCUCCCAAGAGGACACGAAGACGACCCAUGCGAUGAUUCACAACGCCAAUAUCAAUUGGUGUAAGUUUGUGAUGACUCACAUGUUCAAUGCCACCUCCGACAACCGGCCGCUUCCCUAUGCUCUUCUUCUCAUGGCGAUCCUUGAUGAGUUCCACAUCAAGACGGACGUCGGGCCGAAAUGCAAAGGAACGAAGCAUUGGGAGAUUGAUGAGUCUUCCUUCCACCUGGGAAUCGAUGAAUCCACGUUCCCGCAGCCUCAUCCUCGCCGCCAAACAAGAGCCACCGCUUCGACCAACCCUUCUCUCGCCGAGCAAAUGGCCGCCUUGACCGCCACCCUUUCUCGGAUAGACACCAACAUCUCCCAAACGGCCCAAAACGUCAAUAUUUUGAGCCGUGAGCUUCACGGGUAUUUUGUCUUUGUCAACUACCCCUACGCUCAAAUGGUCCCUUAUGUUCCUCCGCCAAAUUACCUCGGUGGUGAACCAAGUGGGACUAACAACGUUGGUGGGGAAGAAAUAGUAGACAUUGAAGAAGAGGAAGAGGAAGCUGAAGAAGAAGAAGAAGAAAAUGAUGAUGAUGAUGAUGAUGAUGAUGAUGACGAUGAUGGCGAUGAAGAUGAAGAUGAAGAGGAAGAUAUUGACGAAGAACAACUUCUCGAUGAUCUUUCACAGGAUUUCUAGAGCUCGCUCUUUUCUCUUCUUUUAUUUAUUUAUUAUGCUUUUUAAAUUUGCUUCCAUUUUGUACUCCGCUAUGUUGGAAAACAUUUUCACUUUGACAUUUUGCUAAUGACAAUGUUUGUUUCCGUUUAGGUUUUGAUAUUGACAAACCGUCGGGAACAUGGAACAAAAUGAAAAGAUAGAAAAAGU